UGAAUUUCUAACAAACUCAAGACGACGAAGCUUCUAUAGAAGAUGGUGUACAAUAUUGAUUUAGUAGGUGUACUAGGAUCAUCCUUUUUCUUCAGAUUCUAAUUCAGUCAAGAAAUCAACAACAUGUCCUUUAUGAGGUUGGCCACUCUCUUUAGUUUGCUCAACAUUUUAGUUGUAGUUGUACCGGCAGCGCACAUACGACUCGCAACUACACAUGCUGCAGAGGACCAACUACAAUAUGGACAAGACCUUCUACUCCUCCGAGGAGAGGUUGGCGAAAGUUCUCCCGGAAGUAAGGAUGAAACAUCACCAAAUCAAGAACAACAUCAAGGUUCUUUGGGCGAUCAGGAUGAACACACCACUACUAGAAAGAAUACAGCAAUUGCAAUUGUUACUCCAAGUCCAACUAGUAGUACGAGAACUACAAGGAUCAAUCCCACCGAUGUCUCGGACCUUGCGCGCAGUGUCCGAAGACUCUAUUUGGAUCCGAACUCAGUGGCACGCCUGGCUUCCUGUUGCACUGACGCUGCGCAUACUAUACGAGAAGAAUUUGCAUCCGCGGAAACGGAGUUGAUGCAAUUGCUAACAGCGUUUUUGGGUGGCCUGGGAGACGAGGGAGAUUACAAUGUUGCAGAAUCACGACCGGCAGAAACAGAAAGACGAGAAGACAUUAGCAGAAGUUGUCCAGGACGAGGAACAAGUAGCUCAUCUUGUCGUGGUGGAUGGAACAAAAGAUCUUCCAGCCAGUUCUUCUCGGCUAGAGGUGAACCACAGAAUCACGAAAAGGGAACAAAACAUCUUCCAGCCAGCGGUCUUUUCGCGGGAUCCUCGUCUCCUACCCAACUAGUUGAAAGAAUGUCCGAGAUGCAUGCUGGUCGAACUGCUUUGAUUAAGGCUAGAAGUGUUAAGGUUUUCACAGGCCGUUAGAUAGUGACAGUGACUAUGAUCUUCUUCCACUGCCAGUCGCUGCUUCAUCAAUCAUCAUCUAGUGAGGACGGAGUAGCACGCUCCUUUUAUAUCCUUUCGAGUAAAGUCCUCAUCAUGAUAGUCAUAGUUGUACGAGUAAAGUCCUCAAGAGGACACCUCCACCAGAGAAAAUUAAAGACAACAACCCCUGGAGGUGUUCUCAACCACGGUCUCGCAUCGAGAGCAACUUCCUCGACGUCUAACCCAAGCCUAGACCAGCUUUUAACGGUGCUAGACUCUGCAGGGAUGGGAAAUGCAGGUGUUAGGAAGAAGCUCACAGACUUGCUCUAUUCGAAAUAUCGAGCGGCUGGUGAUAGUUAUGAACACGAUUCUAUGUUAGAGGACCUUAGAAAUAGUCAUUUUUAAUCUUAAUUUUUGUUAGUUUGCCGAUUCAUCUUGUUUCUUGUUCAACGAUGAUGUUGAUGUGGAAUGAAUCUGCCUUGCUCCUCUAAUUUGAAUUUCCCAGCACCUUAUCACCUGGUGACGUCCGUAGAAAUCCAUUACGGAGGGUCGAGCCCGUAGAUAUCGGCGGAGGGCCCCGACGUCGAACGAAUCUACUCUCAGCGUCAAGCGGUUCCUGUGCAAUUGCGUGGCCUAGUCAGCAUAGAUUGCAAGAACAGCAAGGGCUGAGAAGAACAAAGCACGAAGUAGUAGAUUAUGUUGGCACAACCACGACAAGCACAAGAAGUGACCAUAACCAUAACCAUACAAGAGCCACUACCACGAGGACUACUUCGACUAAAGAAAUAUCAAAGGACGAACUUGAAGACGUGGAUGCGGAUGAUAACAAGAGUUUGCAAAACCUGCUAGAGAACAAGAAAGAGAACGACUACAGUUAAGGCUUCCCCUAAUCCAUCCCUGUAGGCAUCCCUCAGACAUAUGCGCCCCAAUACAAGGGAGACACUCACGCAUAUGCUUGAGGGAUUUCCACAGGGGUGAAUAGGGGAGAGCUCUAAUACAGAGAAAUUAAUCGAAACCUCGUCGAGAAAGUAGAUGCGCCAUCUUCUUCAUCAACAUCGACUUGUUCCCGCUCCCGCAGGAGCUCUGCCUGCAAACAAGAACAACUACAAGCUCAGCAUCAUCCAGACCACCAGCCACAACAUCAGCAUCAUUCGCACCACGCGCUGUCAGCACGAUUUCUCUUUACUUCGUGUGACCUCCCACGAAGGUCAGAUCUGAGUCGAGGGUGCAUUUUUGACAUCGUGAACCUGCCCGAUUUUUAUCUGAAGAUUUAUCGACACCCAUUGGGAUUGACCUUAUGACAGGGGGAGCUAGUUGAAGAAGUUCAUCUUGUACUUUCGAAGAUGAACUACAGAAUCUGUAGAAGAUUCUGAGAUAGUGAAGCUUAUAUAUAGCAAUAGUCGUGAAGUAGAUCAUAGUACUGAGUUGUGCUUCUAGUAACAAGAGAAUCAUUUUUAUAUUAGCGUGUACUAAAAUCAUAUUGAAAAACAUUCUACAUCUACUACUAGGCUGUAGAGCAAGAACUUGAGUACUACAACUAGACUUCUGAUUCUUCUAUGAGCGGAUCGCAGAAGUCUCUUCAUCUAAUUUCUAACCGCGAAGGACGGGAUUUGCAGACGCUGAUCAGUUUCAUGCCAAAGGAUCAGAGCCUUGACGUAUGGGAUCGCGUCUUGCUGAGCGAUCUUAGUAUAGGGUGAGUUUGUAGUAAUGAACUACUUUCUUGAAAUUCUAAAGUCGGCAUGCUGAUGCUUAUAAGGGGAGUUUGAACUUUUGCAUACUGAUGUUAUUAUACAUAGGGGGAGUUUUUUUUAACAUUGUAGGUUGUUGAGUAGUUUGAAGUUUUUCAGCGUUGAAGAAAGCAUGGAUGUUACGUGCGAGUACGUGGCCACUACUUUGUACGCAAGUUUGUAACUAAUGUGUAAAAAUUGAAGGAACCAGCAUCAACUUCAAGAACUUUAUGAUCAUGAAAUAAUACUAGGUAUAGGUUUAGGUAGUAGAACAAGUAAGUACUAGUAGUAGAACAAAUGAUAUAGAAUACCGAUUCAGUUUCAGAUUCGUCUGUGGUUUGCGAAGAUUCGUCUGUGGUUUGAGAGCAACAUACAUUUCGUUCUCUAUAAGAUGCUGAGAAUAUACUUCAUUAUGUUUUUUAUCACGCGAUUUCGAUUAUAAUGCUGAAAUCAGGGCAUUUUCUUGAGGAGAAGCAGCUGCAUUUUUUGUACGAUCAUGACUGAAGUUUGUUAAAACGCAAAGGUUGAGUCAAAAAAACCGAAGGAAUCAAAAUUCUUACUCAUAUGUCGGACCUCCCUAGUACGCCGACGGGGAACAAUGGGUUAU